AUGCGACUACUAGAAACCCAUCUCGACGGCAUUCCUCGCCUGACAAAGGAGCUCAACAGCAAUAUACCCCCUUAUGCUAUUCUUUCACAUACCUGGGGAGAAGAUGAGGACGAGGUCAGCCUGAAUGACGUUCGGAACGGCACUGGAGCACAGAAAUUAGGAUACCAUAAGAUCCGAUCCGAUUACACAGGACUCUUCGAGGCCAUCAAUUCCAUGUUUCAUUGGUAUCAGAAGUCCGCCAAGUGCUACGUAUAUCUUGCGGAUGUGCCAAGUAGAGAUCACGCCCAGGGUUACAUCUCUACAACACCAUGGGAUGCGGCAUUUCUGAAAAGCAGGUGGUUCACUAGGGGUUGGACGUUCCAGGAGCUAUUAGCGCCUGCGUCGGUGGAAUUCUUCUUGUCUGACCACCAGAGGCUCGGCGACAGGAGUUCACUUGCCUACCAAGUUCACGGAGUUACUAGAAUCCCGUUCCAGGCGCUUGCUGGGGCAUCGCUCUCAGACUUCACGGAGCAAAACGACAAGAAAGCGAUUCGGAAGAUCUACAAGGAUCAAGCCACCAGGAUAGGCGACCGACUCCCGAAAGCUGAGGAACAUCUCGUGGACUUUUGGAAGGACAAACCUGCGCCUAGUACACCUUACGUUGCCCAAGGCUCGCAGAUGUCUGCAAGAAGUGGUCUGGGCGUGCAGGAGGCGGUUGAUUCGUACGAGGAGAAAAAGAACAAGGGAGCAAAGUUCUCCAAGGAGGAGCACGAUCUAGUAAAGAGUUUGCAGGAUUCCAUCAAAGCUGCUAAAGCCUUUAAAAGCUUCAGAAACCCCAUGGAUGAAGCAGUGGGAGGCGAGGACGAAACAGAUAGCUGGACCGAAACAGAGUGGGAGACUGGAGCAGAGACACAAUCCUAG